AUGGAUCGAUCAAAUGAUGCUCGAGGCCUUGAACGCAGAAAGGGCUGCGACUUUUGUGAUGAGCACAAGUACAAGUGUGAUAAAAAGAAGCCCAAAUGCUCUAAAUGCGAACUACAUGGCAUCUUGUGUCAAUGGAAAUCAAAAACAUCCAAUUGUCAAGAAACACCAAUUAAGAGGGCUCUUAGCACCACGCGACUUGUUAAAGUUGAGCCCGGUGAAGAAGCCGCUACUUCCAAUCAAACAGACCCGUUCCCUCUGCCGCCUUGCGAAGAUGUCCAGGAAUAUAUUGACAACUACUUUGGCAUCUUCAACACAUGCAUGCCAUUGUUUGACGAUCAAGAAUAUCAGAAUUUCUCCAGAAAGUCUCACACUUGGGUGCCUGGAGGGGAUUACAAUAAAUGGGCCUCACUCAACGUUAUAAUUGCGUUGGCCAUCAGAAAUACACCGGAGGACAUGAAAGCCUACUGCAAAGAAACGGAAUCCAACUGCAUUGCAAACGCCCAAUCAGCCAUAUCAAAGUUUGCCCAUCAACCGCCAACAGUCCUGAAUCUCCAAACCACCCUCGGUCUAGCUCUGGUUCUCAUGACCGGCCCAUACCCUCAAUCUGCCAGUAGCAUAAUGAGAUUGGCUGUGAAGAUGAUUUACGAACUGAAACUUCAUCUGCCAUCGAACAAGCCUUUUGACAACCAGGAGCGUCAACACAAUGAACGACUCUUUUGGAUCGCCUAUAUCAUUGAUCGCGAUUUGUCAUUGCUCAUAUCUGAGCCGCAUCUCCUGCAAGACAACGAAAUAGGGUUGAACAUCAAAGAUAUGGUCUGCCGCGUAGGGCUUGGAAACAUCAUGAAUGAUGGUGUUGACAUACUCGAGAUACUACAGGCAAGAGCAGAGUUAGCUGUAAUUCAGGGCAAACUGUACGACCUCGUGCGCUCCCUUAAAGCUUCGAAAUUCUCCUUAGCCCAGAAACAAUCGGCCGAAAGUCGUCUCUACCAAAUGCUUCGAGCGUGCCGCAUGUACUUGUCUGAGCCUCGAAUUAACAUAUGGGAUACACCAGCAGAACUUGAUUCAAGAUCUAAUUGGUUGCAUGAAGCCUUAUUGCACCUUACGUACUACCGCUGCCUUUACUCUGUCGCGAACGUUAGUGUCGGUAACAGGGAUUGGAUGCAAAAACUGAACGAUUUCAGCGAUAGGUAUAACGCUGGGGGAGACAUGGGUGUCUUAACUUCGGCCUCGCAGUUGCUGCCAUCAAAUUGGCGCUAUUUGGUAGAAUCAGCUCAUACGUGCCAAGAAGAGGUGCUGGAUGGGAUACAUAUCCCGGCGGAUCGAGCGCUGAAGUGGAUUUCGCUUCCAGUCUUCGAGGCUACAAUCACUGUCCUGGCGGUUCAAAUCAUCACCUUCCCAGUGCGCAACCUGGAACGAACCUCCCCAGAUGCCGUGAACCCUAUCGAGCGCUAUGAAACCGACGAAGAUGAACUUUGGCUAGAAGAAGCUUUAAGAACUUAUAACAAGUUCGUGGAUGGAAUCAAAGACCCUCAGGUGUUGGAAUGUUACAGUUUGUGCGAAGACCUCGCUUCGAAAGCUGAGAACACGUUGGAGACGUUUUUCAACGACCCAACUUCAGACGUUCCGGAUACUGAGAACAAUGGACUUGUUGAAGAAGCAGACCCGGAACUAUAUAUGGAUUCUUAG